GGUUGACGGCUGUGUCUUUCUCAUACUCUAAUAAUUCCGAUUACUCCUCCUCCUGCUCUCAUCGCCGCGAUUACUCCACCUAGGGUUUUGUCUCCGCCCAAUUCCGACGAUCCCAUGCCUUCUGCCCCUCCGUAAUCGGCUGGGGGCCCACCGUCCAAUGUCUCUCCUCCACUUCUCUGCCGUUGAUCCUCGUCUCUCCUCCAAGCGCAAGCUCGAUGAUUACUCCCCUAACUUCGACGAAGACGACGAUGACUCUACUUUAACCCACAGAAUGCGAAAAGACGAUCACCACCACCACCACCAUGAUACCAAUUACCAUGACACCAAUCACUCAAUCCACUACCCCCUUUCUUCAGCCGCCUCCGCCGCCACUGACCUUGCCUUCGAUUACCGCGCUUCCUGCUCCAGUUUUCCAUCUUUCUCUUCAACGUCGUCCUCCUCCUGGCUCCAAUUCUUCAUACGGAUGCUCUCCGAGGGGAAUACCAACGUUGUCCAUGCCGAUUCGAAGGAUACUGUGAAAUCCCUCCACGAGAAGAUUCAGGUCAUGACUGGAAUUCCUGUGUUCGAGCAGCGGCUUAUUUAUCGCGGCAAACAGCUGCAGUGGGAUCGGUCCCUUGCGGACUGUGGAAUUCAGAACGAUGCCAGUCUUCACCUUGUCGGCCGUAUGCGGUCCACCAACCACCCUCAGGCGUGGCAAGCCAUUGACGACGUGAUCUCCGCCGUCCGCCGCUUGUGCCGAGGUGACCUGGCCCCUGCUAAUCAAAAGUACGUCAAUGAAGGCCUGCAGAAGUUCUUCUCGCUGGUGCCGGAGGACGGUGACGAGUCUGCCCCUUCUCAUUUGCAGAUUUUUAUGACCUCGUCAGCUCCGGCGUUUCUGGUGAUGCUCUAUAUGUCUCCAAUUGGUGAAAACAAAAGGUGUGCGGAUGCUUCCAUUAAACUUUUCUUAAAUUCCUGCAAAACUUCACUAUCAAAACAUCUGCACGUUUAUUGCACGCCUGUGGUGUUAGAGUUUUGCAAGUUGGCUAGGAAGGUUGCUGAUGAGGAUAAUUUGUAUAAGUUGUGCCGGAGUACUCUGGGGUUCUUGUUGGAGAGUGCUGCUGAUGGCACUGUGGGGUUGAAGCGUGAACAGGAGGGCAAAGGCUUGCUCCUGAUACGAGAUAUUUUCCCUUUUGUCAGUGAGUUGGCUGAGACGUUGUCUAACGAUUUGAAGUCAAGUAUAGAGUCAGCCUUUCCCUUGCGCAUAGGGAUUCCCAGAGGGCCAACUUCAAGUGAUGUGUGUGAUUUUGUGUCCUUUUUGACUGGUUUGUGCUCUGCUAUUGAGAGUGCAGGAUUUCAGAUCCCCAUUUCUAUUGAGUCGCAGAAUAAGGAUUAUGAUGAUUCUGUCUAUCACCUCCAUGCCAUAUUUAAUGAUUUGUUGAAUAAAAUGGAUAAAUGCCUUGCUAGAGUGGAGGAAUGUUUGUCAGGACAAGAAAGUGGAGACGGAUGGCAUCAGUAUCUUGCCAUUUUGAAGGGACUGGAUGGCAUUUCAAAACUCUAUGAGGGUGCGGAAGAAAUGUUUUGGAUGGUCUUGAAGCCUAGGAAGUCUGCAUUGUGUGCUUUAAUUGUUAGAUAUGCAGGGCGAAAUGAUGAUUAUCGGUGGCUUUUUGAGCAUAAGGAUGUAAUUGAUUUUGAAUCUAGGAGGCAUUUGGCAAUGCAGAUGUUUCCAGAGGUAAAGGAAGAUUAUGAUGAGUUGCAUGAAAUGCUUAUUGACAGGUCUAAGUUGUUGGAAGAAUCUUUUGAAUACAUUGCUCGAGCAGAGACUGAGUCACUGCAUGCUGGUCUGUUUAUGGAAUUCAAAAAUGAAGAAGCUACAGGACCUGGUGUGCUGAGGGAGUGGUUUUUCUUGGUAUGCCAGGCUCUAUUCAAUCCAGAGAUUGCCCUUUUUUCGCAUUGCCCAAAUGAUCACAGACGGUUCUUUCCUAAUAAUGCAUCUAAGGUGCAUCACUUGCACCUUGAUUACUUCAAGUUUGCUGGUCGUGUGAUUGCUUUAGCCUUGAUGCAUAAAGUGCAAGUAGGUGUUGUCUUUGAUCGUAUCUUUUUCUUACAAUUGGCUGGAAUGCAUGUUUCUUUGGAAGAUAUCAAAGAGGCAGAUCCAUGUUUGUAUAGUAGCUACAAGCAGAUCCUCACUAUGGAUGCUGAUGCUAUUGAUUCAGAUGAUCUAGGAUUGACUUUUGUUAGAGAAGUUGAGGAGUUGGGAUCCAAGAAAGUUAUAGAGCUGCGUCCUGGUGGGAAAAGCAUUGCUGUGAAUAGCAGAAAUAGGCAGGAAUAUAUUGACCUUCUUAUUCGGCAUCAGUUUGUAACAUCUGUCUCUGAACAGGUAUCCCAUUUUGCACAAGGAUUUGCUGAUAUUCUUUCUAGCUCAAGAGACCAGAAGUAUUUUUUCAAAGCUUUGGAACUUGAAGAUCUAGAUGGGAUGCUAUAUGGAAGUGAAAGUGCCAUUGCUGUUGAAGAUUGGAAGGCAUACACUGAGUACAAUGGCUAUGGAGAAAAUGACCCUCAGAUAACCUGGUUCUGGAAGAUUGUUGGGAAGAUGUCUGUGGAGCAGAGAAAAGUGCUUCUCUUCUUUUGGACCUCAGUGAAAUAUCUUCCAAUUGAAGGUUUUCGUGGUUUGGCCUCAAAACUUCACAUUUAUAAUUCCCAAGAGCAAGACAACCUACUCCCUUCUUCUCAUACUUGCUUUUACCGACUGUGCUUGCCACCUUAUCCUUCCAUGGCUGUCAUGAAAGAUCGCCUUAAUGUUAUCACACAGGAGCAUAUAGGCUGCAGUUUUGGCACUUGGUAACACAUUAAUUGCAUUCUCAUUCGGUAUAAAGGAAAGUUUUUUUGACUGCACAUAUAAUUAUAACUUGUACAUGUUAUAGGGUAAAAUAUCAUCUGUUCUGUCAUUAGAGCAUGUAAGAAGGUGAUGGAAGUCAAAUUGUCUUUUCCUUUGUAAGGUGUCAUUGUGUUUUUGUUUUUUCAACUAUUUAUAAAUAAAUUAGGACUGGGGAAGAAAAAAAAUCCAUGGACUUGCCUAGAAUUAGCUAAGCUACAUGCCAUGCUUUCAUGUCGUGUGAAUGUGAUUACUGAGAUUAUGCAAUGACAUUCAGGACCACACAGAUUACUACCCCAUGUUUCUUUUCUUUCCCUUUGAUGGUGACCUUCUAUGUAUAUCGGAUUGUUCAAAAUAACAUGAUAUUUAGGUU